AUGUGUUUGUUAUUAGAAUAUCCAGCAACAUUUUUUAAUGAACAUAUUCAGCUUAUAAAUGAAUUAUUAAAACAAAUGAGUCCGAUAAGAUCGGAUCACAAAGAAAUGGAUAUAUUACAGCCAUUGGUACAUAAAGAUAAUGUUGAUAUAUUCAAUAUAUUAGCAGAGUUAUGUCCAGGUCUCCUACAAAGAGCUAUUUCUUUAAUAGAUACCAAUAAAAUUAAUAUUUAUAUUAGUAAAAACAGCAAACGUCGUUUCUAUACUGUAGAUGCUAGUCAAGAUCGGAGGACUACAUAUCUUGUUAUGAAAAAUUUUUGUUCCUGUCAUUCUUACAUAGAAAAUGUCAUUAAUUAUAAACGAGAAUUUACUUGUAAACAUGAGUUAGCUUGUUUAUUAUUUAGCUCUCUUUAUAUUGGAUAUGAACAUGAAGAAAUAUGUAUAAAAGAGGAAGCUUGCCAUUGCACUUUAGUACCAAGUAAUUUUAAUAUUUACAUCAUAUCAGAUUAUGAAUUUUCCAGAAAAUUAUGUAUUGAACUAAAUAAUAUAUUUUUAGAACUAAAUACUUUUAAUGAUUAUAUUUUAGAAGAUAAUGAUAUAAUUAAAACUCAAUAA